GUCGCGACUACUACACACAGUGCUGCAGAAAAAUCAGAAGGGUUUUCACCUUUCUCGUCUAAUAGUGCAUCAUGGGUAAAAAGAAUCGCAAAGCGAGAGCGUCAGCUACAGAGACAGAGGGAAGUUUCACAAAGACACAAAAGAGAGACAUGAUGGUUCUUGUUCACCAGCUCUUAGAUAAAUGUCGACGUCCCCCAAGUACAAGUGCUGGGAAGCUCUGGGAAGAACACAUGGAAAUAAGGGAAAUUGUGGAGAAACUCCGUAAAAUGCAAGAAGGAUUCACACUAAAUCAUUACAAUCGUGCGGAUCACUUCAAAGGUUUCAUGACCUGGGUGGAGCAGCAUGGGGUUGACACGAGCAAUGUAGAGGUUUAUAACUUUCCAGAAACUGGAUAUGGACUGAGAGCUACUAAGGAUAUACCAAUGGAUUCCCCAUUUUUAACUGUCCCUAGGAAGCUGAUGAUGACUGUGGCUUCUGCUAAGGAUUCUAUCAUAGGUCCAUUUGUAGAGCAGGACCAGAUUCUUCAGGCCAUGCCUAAUGUCGUCAUAGCAUUGCAUCUUCUCUGUGAACGACUACUGCCAUCAGCCUUUUGGGAGCCAUACAUUAAAAUCCUCCCAGAUUGUUUUAGUACACCACUGUACUUUACCACAGAAGACAUGAAGGAGUUAAAAGGAUCCCCAGCUUUAAAUGAUGCCAUGAGUCAGUACAGGAACAUAGCCAGGCAAUAUGCAUACUUCUUCAAGGAGUUCCAGACCAGCUCUGAAGCCAUGAAACUUCCUAUGAAGAACAGUUUCUGCUUUGAUGACUACAGGUGGGCUGUGUCGGCUGUGAUGACACGUCAAAACCAGAUCCCAACACCUGAUGGAGAACAAGUCACUAAUGCCCUCAUCCCACUAUGGGAUAUGAGUAACCAUAGCAACGGCCAAAUCACUACAGAUUUCAACCUGAAGAAAAACAGCAGCGAGUGUUAUGCUUUAAGGAACUUCAGUAAGGCGGAUCAAAUAUUCAUAUUCUAUGGAAGGCGUUCUAACGCAGAGUUCCUCUUACACAGUGGCUUCAUACCCAGUGACAACCAAUCAGACAGAAUAGGCAUAAAGCUAGGAAUCAGCAAAAAUGACAGCCUCUACGUGAUGAAAGCAGAAAUGUUAGCUCGUGUAGGAUUAAUGCCAUCACGAGGAUUUGCACUGCACGUUGGAACAGGGACAGAGAGAUUCGGAGGAAUAGAUCCUGAUCUGUUGGCAUUCUUGCGAAUCUUUCAUCUAAAUGAAGAUGAGUUGAAGGCCCGUCUAGUUGGUAAAAAAGCACGAGUGUUACUCCCCAAGCUGGGGCACUGCGACUCUCCUGUUAACAAGGACAACGAGGUUAAGGUGUGGACGUUCCUGGAGAACAGGGUGAACCUAUUAUUGAAAGCCUAUCCUGGCACGAUGCAGGAUGAUGCUGAUAAAUUGAAAUCAGAUAAACUGUCGUUCAAUCAGAAGGAAGCAGUCAAACUUCGUAUGAAUGAGAGGAUAAUCCUCGAGAACACUGUUAAUUAUGCAAAGAAGCAGAAAGUUGCGGCCGAGACAAAUAUUAAGGAAGAUUAUUCACUAGACGCUGAGGUUGAUGAGACAAUGUUGUCAGAGUUCAAUCAGGUACACGGGGAUCCAUUGGAUGCUAUGCUGGCUCAGAAUGGAUGCACGGACACGUGUUGUGACCAUCAAUACCCAGUCUCUUUAGAGCAAGCGCGGAAAGCUGUCCCUCAAAAUAUAAGUGAUAUAUCAGAUAUUUCACUUGCCCAGCCUGCCACAAUUGAAACUGUUCACUCUAAUGUCUACAUGGGGACUGACCCACGUAAUGUUAACACGGAACAAAUUAAGAACAACAUGGACAAUAAAGAAAAUGAAUGCGAGAAGCCAAAAGAUAAUUUAGAACAUACAAAGGGAGCUGUUGUCUUAACGGAAGUGAAACAAGAAAAAAAUGACUCGAAAAAAGUUGGAUCAGUAAGUAAUGGUGUUGUUAAAUGUGACACUUUGGGCAAUGGAAGUGACAUUAAGCAUGGAAGUGACAUAAAGAAUGGAAAUGACAUAAAGAGCCCCACGUAAAACUGAUCUCAGUCGGCCAUUUUAGUACAAAUUAACAGAACACAGAAUAAGAGCUAUAUGCAGAUGUAUUGAUAAAAUGCAGAGGUUAUAUGAUAUAACGCAGCUGUUAUAUGAUACAAUGCAGAUUUUAUUUACUGUUAUUCUAGUUAAUACUGUGUGCAAUUAAGACAAUAUACCUGUACAGGUAUUGUGAGUGAAUGUGUACCUUUGUUCAUUAUUAUUAUUAUGAAGUCAGUUAAAUCAGGGAAGUAUUGUAGAAUACUGAUGAGAUUUCUGUAAAUGUCAAUAUAUAGACAUGAGAUUAUGCUUGCUUUUAAAUCUUAUAAUCAUAUUAGUGUUUUCCUAUGGCCAUGCCUUCUUUCAGUGGAGGUUAGAGGAAUAAACAAAUUGUUCUUGUUCUUGUAAAUCACCUGGCUUUAAAUAUUAUUCUGCCUUAUCCCACACUUAUGAAACAUAACGUUAUCUAGCAUGUGACUCUGUGUCUGCUUACAUACUGUUUUCAUAACGUUAAAUAACCAAAUGAAAAUUGAUUUCUUGCAAUUUCAUACUAUGUGACUCAAAUGCAAUAAAAUACAUUUUCUUUGGAAGUUUUGUACAAUCAUGAAAAUAAGAUUGGUCACACAUCUUAAUUCGCCAAUUUACUGUACUGGCUUAACUUGUGGUUUUAGAUUUUGCUAAUUGUGAUAUACGUUCACUAUAAUACACUGAACUAAGAAUAUGCUAGACUGAGGUCAGAAUACCCUAGACUGGGCC